GAAAUGGCAAAGGCAGGCACCAAUUCUUGUUUGCCAUCUAAGGGAGAAAACUUGCAUCAUAACUUCAUAGGAGGCGACCCAUCGUAAGCUUCAGCAGCUGAUCGGAGAACUCACCCGCCCACCCCGAUCGAGCUAGCACCCAGAGAAACGCAAGAGCAGGACAGCAUUUGCUGAUUUGUUCCAUCAAGGCAGAUCAAACAUGCAAGGGAUCACGAAGGCGCUGCGCCUCCAUGGAAGGCAGCUAAGGCACACAGUUCUGCAACAUAUGAACAAGGGGAUCUUCUCCUGGGCCACCCUUAUUUCGCGCAUACAAAGCGAGUCGCCAACUGUGAUUAUACCACACAUGGGGCUCGAGAACAUUACCGUCAGUGAAAUUCUCAAGGCAAAGGGGGAGGCUGAAGCUGGAGCAGUCUACUGGUGCAGCACCAGCCAUUCUGUACAUGAAGCAGUACAGCACAUGACAGCACACAAUGUUGGAGCUCUGGUGGUUCUCAAGUCAGGGAACAUGAACCAGCUUGCAGGAAUUGUAACCGAGAGAGAUUUUUCCAGGAAGAUCCUCUUGCCAGGGCGACCUUCAGAAGAAACCAGAGUUGAAGAUAUCAUGACAGAGGAGGACAAGCUAAUUACAGUGUCUAGUCAUACCAAUAUUCUACGUGCCAUGGAGGUUAUGACAGACAAGCAUAUCAGACAUGUUCCUGUUUUCGAUGAGAAGGUAGUUGGUAUGAUAUCCAUUGGUGAUGUUGUUAGAGCGAUUGUGGACCAACAGCACCAGGAAGUAAAACAGCUGAAGAAGUAUAUCAGAGGAGAUUAUUAUUAGAAUAAUGUGCAGUCCUUACAUUUGGUGUAUAAACAUAAAUUAUGUGUAAUCGUUUACUGAUAUUUAAUACAUAUAUUUUCCUCGAUGACA